GGCGGGUGUCUCCACGGCUGUGUGGAAUGAUGACGUGUUAUCUGCGCCGGAAGUCUGCUUGUGCUGAGCUGGUGGGUGCCGCCGGUGCACCUGAUUGGGGCUCGGAGUCACUGGCUGUUGGGCCACCAUGGCGCCAAAGGGGAAAGUGGGGACUAAAGGUAAAAGACAGAUAUUUGAAGAAAACAAGGAUACCCUGAAGUUCUAUCUGCGGAUCAUCUUGGGAGCUAAUGCCAUUUAUGGACUUGUAAAUCUGGUAGUCUUCUAUUCAGCAGCCAGCCUCUCGACCUGGAUCGUAUUUGUGUUCAGCUUGAUGGUCUACGGGGCCAGUUACCGCUCGAUGAAUUCCAUGGCAAAGCCAACUUUUACGGAUGACGGUGCCCUUGCUGAUGGAGGAAUUGACCUGAAUAUGGAGCAGGGGAUGGCAGAGCAUCUAAAGGAUGUGAUUUUGCUAACAGCCAUAGUUCAAGUCCUCAGCUGUCUGUCCCUCUAUGUGUGGUAUUUCUGGCUCUUGGCUCCAGGGCGGGCGCUCUAUCUCCUGUGGGUUAACAUCCUGGGACCCUGGCUCACGGCAGACUCCUCCGCUCCCAACCAGGAACCCAAUGAGAAGAAGCAGCGCCGUCAGGAACGCCGCCAGAUGAAGCGUUUCUAGCCAUGCUCAUCGGGAGAGAUAUUAUACCACCGGUGGUCUCCAUGUAGCUGUUUAUCAGGGAUGUGCUUUUUAAAAAAAAAAAAAAAUCAAUCGGAAAACAUCAGGGGCUGCUUCUUUCUCCUGCCCUCCCCCUCUUCUGUGAUGGCACUUCACUAUAAAGCAAGAUUGCUUGGGGGCAGCAUCUUUUCCUCCUGCUCAGUGAGGAAAAGUCCUCUGCUUGCCUUGUGACAAGGGAUGGGCACUCCCCGGGGAGUAGAGAUGUGUAAAUAUCUUU